GAGGCUAGUUUAUUAAUAGGAAAAGGAUAUAACGCGUGUUUUUAAAGAUCUAAUAUACGGAGGCUGGUUAAAGGUUAAGAUGAGGGAGAAAGAGGAGAUUAGUUUAUUAAAAAGAGUGGAAAACAUGGAGAAGAAGGAGGAGGAAGUGAUAUUGAAAAUUUUAUAUUCGUUUGAUGAGAGACAUCAAAUGGUAUGUUUAGCACGGAAUGAUACACCGAUUUUGGUGGAAACCAUGUUAUUAGAUGAGGAGAAUAAAGGGAGAAUUGGGAUGGUUAGUUUAAGGACAUGUAUAUUGACAAUUAUUGGAAAAAGUCCGGAACUUGUUUUACAAAAGGGAAUUGAUUUUACAAUAUAUACAUUGGAACCGGUUGAAGAAGGAGAGGUGUUUUCAGGACAAGGGAUGUUAAGUUGGAUUUUGAAUGUUUCAUUACAAACAAGAAAUGAGGGUAAAAAUGUAUCAGGACGAAUUAUAGAAUCAAAGAAAGGGGAUAAAGAGGAGAGAUUGGUUCUUGAGGUGAUUAUGCGUUUAUCAAAGGUGUCAUCAACAUCGGACAAUAAUUUGUUAAAUACAAUACAAAAUCUUCAUUUUGUUAAUGUACCAUAUAAUGGAAAUAUUACGGGGGAAUCGGAGACGGGAACAUUAGAUGGAUGUGAAAAGGAUAAACAAGUAUAUUUUGAACCGCCGAUUUAUUUGUAUAAUUCGUUAUUAAAACCUAUAAAUGAGACGCAAAAUCAUGAACAAAAACGACAAAAAGAACCAUCAAUUGCAUUACAAUCAUGUAUAUGUCCGAAUUUUGAAAAUUUUACAGAUACACAAACAUUUAAAUCGUUUGCUCAAGCAUCAUUUUUGGAGCAAUUAUCAUCACCAACUAGUGAAUCUCUAUCACCUCAAAUAUCAUCAUCAUCAUCGUCAUCUCCGCAAUAUUUGCAACUUCCACCAUCAUCGCCACCUAUAUUUUCAUAUGGAAAUCAAAUGCCUUAUCCAUUGUCUGAACCAUCACUUCCUCUUCCUGAUUUCGAAACAUCAUAUAUUGAAAGAACAUCAGAUUUUCAAAAACCUAUGAAUUAUAUGGAUCUUUCUCGAUUAGAAAUGAAUAUGCUUCCUGUAGAAACUAAGGAAAAUGUAGAAAAGUCGACAGAAAAUCAUACAGAAGUAUUUAAAUCAUCCUCAGAAGAAAGCUCAUCUACUACACAAGAAUUGAAGAAUAAUGAAAUAUCCGAUGAUGAAUUACCUGAACGAAGGAAAUUAAAUGAGGCAGUGCGAGCAGCACAACUUGCUUUAGAAGGUUUUUCAGUAAUAAGAUUAAUUGAUAAUAAGAUGCAAAAAAACGAUAAAACAGCAACAAAUUUAUCAAAAGUGAAUGAUGAAAAUAAAAAUAAUGGAGAUAAACCAUUAAAACGAUCUGGAAAAAAAAUAUCUAAUGCUCUUCGUGUAGAAAUGAAUCUUCUAAAAUGUAUUCAAGAAGGAAAAAUUCCUAAUUAUUGUAAUAAUUGUGGAACUAUAAAGACUGUAAGUUGGAGAAAAGUUAAAACAGCAGAUGAUAGACCAGAAGAAACCCUUUGUAAUCCAUGUGGCGUUUGGUGGUCAAGUCAUAAAUCUAUGCGUCCAUCUCAUCUCUGGCGUGAAGAAACAGUAACAUUGGAUUUUCAUAAUGUUUCAGACGCUUUAUAUUCAAAAAAAGUAAAAAAAAGGGUUUCAUGUAUUAAUAAAAAUGAUGAAAAUUUGAGUAUUAAAACUAAAAAGAAACAUACGGAAAAUAGAACUACCUUAAAAAAGAGGAAGAAUUCAUUGCACCAGGAUAGAGUAAUAAAAUCUUCUCCCCUUAAACUCACUUCUCAAGAAGUGAUUACACGGGAACCUUUUUCUGAAUUAAAUAACAAAGAUAAUUGGCUUUGUCUUCCCAAAAAAUCUAUAUCAUCUACUAUAGAUAAUAAUGAAGAAGGGAUUUUAAAAUCAUUUAAUGUUCAGGAAAAUAAGAACUUUGGUGAACAUUCUUUUGGAAAGAUUGUUGAUAUUUCAACUGAUAGUCAAAAUAAUCUUUCUAAAACUACUCCUAAAAAGGUCAAAAAUGUUUCAUCAAAUACGAGUCCAUGGAAAUCUACAAUUUUUCAUCCUCAUUCAGAUAUGGGAAUAAUAGAUGCAUUUAUAGAAACGCAAAAAGAUUAUGAAUCUUCUGCAGAUCAUUAUCAAGCUCUUGAUCCGAUAUUUCUUGAAAACGAUUUAAUCAAUACAACUGUUUAUGCAUCAUCUUUUUUAAAAGUACCAACUAAUAAGGCCAACUCAAAAAUUGCAUCUUUGAAAGACAUAAAUUUAAAAAAAUCGAAUGAGACAGAUACAUUAUUUCCUGACUUACUUAUAUCUAAUAAAGAUAUUCAAGAGUCUGCUAGUGAUCUAUGGUUUAAAAACCCUAGUUCUCCUAGUUCUGAUAAAUCCAAAUAUUGAUAACAUGUUUAGGAAAUACGAAAAAGCUUUAUCAUAGUUAUUUUUCUAAAAAAAUACA